AUGUUCUCGGCGUUUCUUCGCCGGGUGACAUCCUUCAAGGAGAAGGUCCCGCUUCUAAACCAACUUCACCUCAAUUUCAUCCUCCUCCACUAUGCCUAUAUCAUAUCCUGGGUUAUAAUCGGCUCCAUUAUCGUUUACCCUGGUGGUAAUAUCGACUACAUCGAUGCCCUCUUCCAAUCGGCCGGCGCCGCGACCCAAAGUGGCUUGAACACCGUCAAUUUGAAUAAUCUCUGGCUAUAUCAACAAAUUAUUCUAUACCUAAUCACAUGUCUGUGCACACCGAUCUUCAUCAACAGCGCCCUGGUGUUCAUCCGGUUAUACUGGUUCGAGAAGCGCUUCCAACAUGUGGUCCGAGACGCUCGUGCGAUGCGACGAACCCGAUCACGCAUGGAAACCGUGACCGAUGAUGGAGAUAGCGAGGAUAUCAAUAUCAACCGUGCGGAGGGCGGAGUCAGCGGUCGACCGAUUACGGUGAUACGGGACGAUUCAGGGGAUGCGCGAGACACGCGGUUGACGGAUCCUGGUAGCAAGAACAUCAAUUCCGGCGCCAACACACCAGAAGCCCGGGGUAGCAGCAUCGACUCCAGCUCCGAUGGAACAGACACGAGUAAUGAACCCCGUUUUGGCCUCGGUAGCUUGAAGGUGCCAACCCACUUGAACCCUGAGCAUCACAUUGCCUUCCUGGAAAAGCAACGGAAGGACAAAGGAGCGCUGCGCAUUCCAAGUCCCCGAGAGUACGACCGUGGUGGUGCACCUGAGGCCUUGGAAGAAGAUGUGGCUCAGGAGGGUGAACAGGCUCAGCACUCCAGUGACCAGGAAGACCAGGACGACCAAAUAAGCCCUGGUACAAACCCCGAGGAGCUCGAUCAGAUUGGCCCACUUGAAGGACCGCACAUCACCAUCAACGAGCCAGAUAUUUCAAGAACCCGUCCCCGCGGGAGUACGUUCCCCCGUCUUGACACUCGUCCCACUUUCCGGGAGACUAAGGACGGGAAUGAGACUACGACUCUCGGCCCUAGUAACACGAGAAAUACCUUUAGGGGUAUUUUCCGAUCUCUGACACAAGAACGUGAUAUGUCCACUCAGCCAUAUCUCAGUUGGAAUGCGACAGUGGCUCGUAACUCCAAUUUCGUUGAUUUGACUGAGGAGCAGCGUGAUGAGUUAGGCGGUAUCGAAUACCGUGCGCUCAAAACGUUGGCCGUUGUUCUCAUCACCUACUAUCUCGGUUUCCACCUCAUCGGCAUGGUCAGUAUGAUCGGCUGGAUCAUGACCAAUGACAAGUGGGGCGAUGUUGUCCGGGCUGAUGGAGUUGGGCGGCCGUGGUGGGGAAUCUUUACAUCUGCGUCCGCCUUCAACGAUCUGGGUUUCACCUUGACACCUGACUCGAUGUACUCCUUCCAAAGGGCCAUUUUCCCUCUGUUGAUGCUAUCUUUUUUGAUCAUUAUUGGAAAUACCGCCUUUCCAUGUAUGCUUCGUCUGAUGAUUUGGGUUCUUUCUAAGCUUACUCGCCAGGGGAGCGCAUUAUGGGAAGAAUUGAAGUUCCUUCUGGAUCAUCCUCGUCGAUGCUUCACUCUGUUAUUCCCUCGCAAUGCCACUUGGUGGCUGUUUGCGAUCCUUAUCGCAUUGAACGGCAUUGAUCUGAUCUUCUUUGUUAUUCUGGAUCUCAAUGAUUCUGCUGUCACUGCACUACCACCGGGUAUUCGAGUUGUGGACGGCUUCUUCCAAGCUGCUGCGACACGAACAGCCGGUUUUGGAAUCAUCAGUCUUUCAGAACUUCACCCGGCCAUUCAGGUCUCCUAUCUGAUCAUGAUGUAUAUCUCGGUCUUCCCCAUCGCUAUCUCCAUGCGUCGGACCAAUGUCUAUGAAGAGAAGAGUUUGGGCAUCUACGAUGCCGCAGAGUUUGACGACGACGAAGAUACAAAUGCCCCCACUUAUAUUGGAGCUCACUUGCGACGUCAGCUGAGUUUCGAUCUGUGGUACGUCUUUUUAGGUUUGUUUAUCAUUGCCAUUUCAGAAGGAUCAAAAUUACAGAAUCCGAACGACUACGCCUUCCAGCUCUUCACUGUUUUGUUUGAGGUUGUCUCGGCAUACGGUACAGUGGGUCUGUCGUUUGGAUACCCAGAUUCCGACACCUCGUUCUCGGGACAGUUCAAUGUUGUCUCCAAGUUGGUGAUCAUUGCCAUGCAACUCCGCGGCCGUCACCGUGGUCUACCUUAUGCGCUUGACCGCGCCGUUCUUCUUCCCUCUGACGCCCUCAACCGACACGAGGCCCAAGAGGGAGAGCGCCGCAUGCGCCGCCGCACAUCCAACCUCAGUGGCGGUGGAUCGUUUGCCCAGUCGCAAUCACGCACCUUAUCUCAGGCAAGGAAUGAUGCGGGUCUGUCUUCUGGCAUGGAAACCCACGACUGGCAAACCCAUCCCGCUCCGAAUGCAGACUCUCUGGUGCAUCGUUCCUCGACUGUCCGAUCCAAUCGAUAG